AUGGCCCCUGCUAUUCCCCCACGAGACUACCAGACCAAUUCCGGGGACCUUUUCGGCCCGAUCGCCACAGACGCGCCUGCUGUUCCUCAGGGCUCGACUCACCCGGUUCCCCUGCCGAGAUUCUACAAACAGGACAAACCGAUCCAAACAAACAACUUCUACGGCAACUUCCUCGUGGAGGAACAAACACUGCCCGUGUGGACCCAUCCGUACAGCGUUUGGUAUUCUAAGGACCCCGAUUUUGUUGGGCUUGGAAUCUCGCACACGGCAAACUCCCAGAAAGUGUUUGGAGAAGACCCCAAUUCCAACCCUGUCAAGUACUUCUUCAACCCUGUUGGCAUUUGUUCGUUGCUGUUGAGCGCGCAGCAGUUCCAGCAGGGCCACGAGCUGCUGGUGGGCGAGUGCGAGCGGUUCAGCUGCGGACUCAAGUUCAACUCGGCCGGCGGCUCGAUGUCCACCAAAGUUGUGCAAGGAAUGGGGUUUGUCACUGGAGUGUACGAGAACCUUGCUCCGUUGAUCAAGAGCAAAGUCGGGAUCCAGAAUCUGGAGCAGAGACAGUUCAGUAACAUGCGCAAGUACGUGGCCACGCUUUUUGACCAGAACAGAUGGGUGAUCUACUCCACUGGUGACCUGCAACUGAGAGACCAGAACACGAUUGUUGGUAACAGUGCUGGAUUGGUGCAGAUUGCCAAGUUAGGCGGCGACGAGCAACCGUACGACGCGGCUGCUGGAGCAUAUGUCGUCAACAUGACGCUGUCUGGGUCGGUGAAUGAGACAACCAAGUACUGUUUCAACUAUGAGCUGGCUGGAACUUCUUCAAGCGGGAAGACCAUCCAAUGGGCAUUGCCGCAUCAGUACGAGGCGUUUGACCAACAAACAGCGUCAGAACAUGUCAACAUGGUGCUCGACUCUACCUGUAAGGGCCAGAUGAGAGCGUUUCUCACACGGCAAUUUGUUGUGGUGGAACAGCUUCCACCAAAGGAGAUCCAGUUUGCUCCGUGGUCCCAGCUGCACGGAUCCACGAGCUACUCGGCCGAAAAACUGGACCGCAUUCGUCAGAUCGCCAACGAGGAGAUUGCCUCGUUUGACGUGGUUAACGCGUCCAACACGGAUUCCAUGUACACGGCCGGUAAGAUCCUCGACAAGGGGGCCUACAUGUUGUAUGUUGCUGCGUUCAUUUUACGGGAUGAGCAGCUGGCCAAAACACAGCUGGACAAGAUGAAGCAGGCGUUUGGCAGGUUCAUUAGCAACCAACAGCAGGCACCGCUCGUUUACGAGACUAAAUGGAAAGGUAUAGUUUCCACUGGCGGGUUGCAAGACGGCAACUUCUACGUUGAUUUCGGUAAUUGUUUCUACAACGACCACCAUUUCCACUACGGCUACCACAUCCACGCAGCCGCGUUGGUGGCUCUGGCAGACAAAACGUACGGCGACGGCUCGUUCUUGCAAGGAUCCAAGAAAUGGAUAGAGAGUCUGAUCAGAGACGUUGCCAAUCCAAGCACGAGGGAUCCGUAUUUCCCUGUUUUGCGGUCGUUUGACUUUUUCAACGGGCACAGUUUUGCCAACGGGCUGUUUGCUCACGGUGACGGCAAGGACGAGGAGAGCAGCAGCGAAGACUACCACUGCUACUACGGAAUCAAGCUUUGGGGAAUUGUCACGGGAAACGCGCAGCUGGAGAACCUGGCGUCACUGAUUCUUGCUGUGGAGAAACGUGCAAUGAACAUGUACAUGCUGUAUCGGUCAGAUAAUACGGUGAUUCCGCCAAACUUCAAGGCCAAUAAGGUUUCUGGCAUUUUAUUCGAGAACAAGAUCGACCAUGCCACCUAUUUUGGUAUGAACAAGGAGUACAUCCACGGGAUCCACAUGCUUCCAAUCACACCAAUAUCGUCGUUCAUUAGAAACCCGCAGUUUGUCCAGGAAGAGUGGAACGAGCAGCUUGGCUCUGUGGUUGCAAACUUGGACGACGGUUGGAAGGGCAUUCUGAUGCUAAACCUGGCCUUGUUUGACCCAAAAUCGUCGUACGAGUUCUUCUCGAACCCCAAUUUCCAGUACAAAUGGCUCGACAACGGCAUGUCGCGCGUUUGGGCCACAGCUUUCAGUGCAGGAAUUGGUGGUUAA